CCCUAUACGUGUACAGUCGGUUCAGUACUCGUUACGACACCAAAGCGUAAACAAUACAUCUAUAUAUCGCGCACCGUUUGCGGCACACCAGCAAGUUAUUUUCGCGAGAAUAAAUAAAAAAAAAAAAAGUGAAAGUAAAGACUGAUGUCCUCGCCCGAGAAGCGCAUGAAAAUGGCCGUGGACCAGCUCAACGAUGAUUUUGGCAAAAAGUUGAAGAUCAUCCGCGAGGAGUUCAGACGCGAGUGUUCCGAAAGGAGAUACCAGUAUCUUCACAAUUCCUAUUCCUUGUUCAAAGACAUGAAGAAUCGAUCCGAUCUCGUGGUCGCCAUUCGGCGCUCGGAGAUCGAGACUCUUCUCGAUAAAUCCGUGGAGUUCUGCGGCGAGGAGGCCGAGCACAAGUAUCCGGGCAAAGAUAUCAUCGAGUUCGUGGUCGGCAGCGGCUUCAAGGACGAGCCGGCCCCGGACCAGCUCGACGAGAACGGCGUGCCUAACUCGCGCCGAGCCACCCUCGUACAUCGCGCGGCCGCAUUCAUAUUCCCGGUGAGGGAAAAACUCAUACCCGACCUGUUCGAGAUCUACGACAGGGUAGACGUGAAUUACGCCGACGAGACCGGCCUGACCCAUUUCCACGUGGCCUGCGAGAACGGCUGCGUGGACGUGGUGAGGAGAUUCCUCGAGCAGGGCCAGGUGGAUCCGAAUCUCGUGGCGACGGAGACGGGCGACUCGCCGCUCCACUUCGCCGUGAGGUACAACAAGCCGGAGGUGAUCGAGAUGCUGCUUGAGAGGGGCGCCGAGCCGAACGCGGCCAACGCCAAGGGAUGGACGCCUCUGCACCAGAUGAGCCAGGACUGGUUCGACGAGGACAUGGCGAACAAGUUCCGCGAGAUCGGCGAGAGGCUCUCGAAGCCCGUGGAGAUCGACGCCAGGGACAAGGAGGGCAGGACGCCGCUGCACUUGGCCUUGCGAUCCAGAGGCGACUGCGCCAAGACGGCGAUCAAGUGGCUGCUGGAGAGAGGCGCCGAUCCCAACGCGGCCAGCGAGAAGGGAUUGACGCCCCUGCACGUGAUUUGCGGCCGGAAGUACGACGACGACGUGACGGAGCUGUUCUUCAACGUCACCAAGGAAUUGAACAAGCCGGUGCGGAUCGACGCUAAGGACAAGUUGGGCCGCACGCCGCUGCAGUGGGCCGUGGCGACCCUCAAGCCGAGCGUGAUCGGCGCCCUGGCGAAACGCGGCGCCGACCUUACCGGCUUCCAGUUUCCCAGCGAGGCCCACUUCGACGAGGCGUUCGGCGCCUUCAAGGAUUACCACAAGCACGAGCUGAAGCUGCGUGUGGCGUCGGGCUUCUUGGCCACCCUCAAGAGCCUCGAGGAGAGGGCCGGCUACAAGCUGGCCCGCGGCGACGUGCUCACCAUCAUGAAGCUGUUCGUCGUGCACGGACUGCUCGACAAGUCGUCGGCCGCACAGUUCAAGCGGCUCUGGCGCGAGGACCAGGACUUCGUGAGCAAAGUGAAGAGCAUCGAGAUCGAGGCGAGCCUGACGCUGCACGACCUGUUGCGGCUGCGACCCGAGGAGGUGGCCAAUCGUGUCGCGAGCAUGGACUACCGCGACUUCUGGCGCAAGUGCCGACAGUGGCGGCUGCCCGACGAGCACAGAGAGGCCUGCGAGCAGCAGCUGUGCGAGUCGAUUCUGAGAUACUUCGUGCACCGCUGGACGCUGGAUUCUUUCAUCGAGCUCACGUGUUAUUGACGCGCCGAUUCAGCUGCUGCCGCUGCUGACCUGAUCGGGUCGUCGAUCGCAGCCGAUCAAAGCCAAAGCUCUCGAUAGCGAUCGACAUAAUUGCGCUAUUUUGUUUUUUGUGUCUUGCGUUAUUAAUUAUUUCGGAUUCAUAUAAAUAGAUUUAAACAACCGCUGCCACUCAUAAAAAUAUUAUCAUUCCUAUAAUUCAUUUAUAAAUAUUAAUAAAGCUAUUUUUCAAACUUAAAA